AUUUGGUGAUUCGGUGGUUGUUGAUGAGGUUGAUGUCUUAGCCAGAAAAAAUUUAGGGCUAAGCUUGAGGUCAGCGUUUGUGGUGUGCUCCGAGAGCGGUACCUUUCGCACGCCGUGGUCUGAUGCUCUAUUACUCUACCAGGUGUUGCCCCGUGAGGCUUGUUGCGGGCAUUGGAAAGAUGAGGUGACAAUAAAUGCCUCUACUUUAAGAUCUGCCCAAGGCUACUCGUGGACUUGGUGUCUGGGCUCCAGACAUGAGCAGAGUGGCCUCUCAGGAGAUAGCUGGCAAGUACGGCUUGUGUGGAGCAUCACGGGGUAGUGGCGAUGGCGGUGGUAGCGGCAGUGAGCCCAGCCUUCAGCGUCAACUGGAGGAGCUUAAGCGAAAGCUUAAGGAGGACAUGCGCAAAGAGCUAAAGAUCAAGGAAGGGGCUGAAAACCUCCGUAAGGCAACCACCGACCGCAAGAGCCUGGCCCAUGUGAACUCCAUUGUAAAGAAAGCCAAUUCACGCCUCAAUGACUUGCAGCGGCAACUCAGCGACCUCACAGCUGAUAUUCUGGUUACCCAGGGUCAUCCGUCGCCAAAAAGUGUGCAGCCACUUACGACGGACUCCUUUUAUGGUGACAAGGGGGAUGUGCCACUUUCAACUACAGACCAGCGCCUGCAUUCACUGGAGAAGCAGCUGAAUAUUGAGCUGAAAGUAAGGCAGGGUGCUGAGAACAUGCUGCAGAUGUACAGCUCGGGCCCUUCCAAGGACCGCAAGAUGCUCGCUGAGGCUCAGCAAAUGGAAGAAGAUUCAAAAGCCAAGAUUGACUACAUCCGCAUGAUGAUGGCUCGGCUGCGGCAGAACAAAGAUAGCCACACCAAGGAACCUGGGGAAGGCUGCUCAAACAACCACCUUGACAAUACCACUGGAGGUAAGAUUCCUGAAGUUAUGUCGCCUGUUGAGCUGCAAAUAGAAGACCUUCGUCAUCGGCUCAAGGUAGAGUGUGCUGUUGUUGAAGGUGCGAAGAAUGUGCUCAAGCUAUGUCAGGCUGCUGGAAAAGUCACCGAUCGCAAAGUCUUCCAAGAGGCACAGAACAGCUUAGUGGAAUCGAGUGAGAAGCUCGAUUUAAUUCGGCGGUCAUUGGAACUGAAGCGUGCCGAACUGUCGCCAGGCAGUACCAAGUGGCAAUUGCUCAAGCGUGAGUUAGAAUCUAGCCAGCUGGUGAACCCUUACGCACCAUCCAUAGUGCCACAUGGUCCCGGAACUGAGCAGCAAGGCUUGUCAGCAUCUCUGCCAAGCCCAUUAGCAGCCGGCCCAAGUGUUCCUCUCUCAAAGCCAGCUUCUGUCACGGGUCAACUUCAAGUGAGACUGAUGGGCUGCCAGGGCUUGCUAGAAGAUGUUCCAGGCCGUCUGCCUCGAGCACAAGUGGCAGGGAUGGGAGCUGAUCUGCGAAGCAGCCUUGUUCGGGCUACAGGUCGUGGCUUCUCGGGGCGCAACUCUUCUCGCUCCUACAGCAUAAAAGAAGAAACAUCUAGUGAAAUCAUGGCUGUUCUAAAGCUUGACAACGUUCAGGUUGGCCAGACCACCUACAAACCAUGUAGUCAGCAAGCAUGGGACCAGAGGUUCACUAUAACCCUCGAUAGGUCCCGAGAACUGGAGAUCCAGAUAUACUGGAAAGAUUGGCGUGGCAUGUGUGCCGUAAAAUUUCUCCGUCUGGAAGAGUUCAUUGAUGAUGACAGGCAUGGCAUGGCGCUCCAUCUGGAACCUAAGGGACUUCUCUUUGCGGAGAUUAAGUUUCUGAACCCAAUGAUCUCAAGAAAACCGCGUCUACAGCGACAGCGAAAACUUUUCAUUCACAAAGGAAAGAACUUUCUCCGGCCAACACAAAUGAACAUCAAUGUGGCUACUUGGGGCCGCUUGAUGAAGCGUGCUAUGCCUCCUGGCUGCUCUGACCCGGUGACAACAGUCAGCCCUCCUGACGCACUUCUGUCUACAGCUCGUGUUUCCGCAACUCCUGAGCUUGACAGUCUAGUGGUUACCAAGCUCAACUUUGAAGACGGCAAUGAAGCUGACACAUUGACUCCAUUGUCAACACUUCAGACAUCACUGGAAGUUGAUGUUCAGACUGCACUAGGAGAGUUCGACUUUUUACAACAAGAGACAUCGCCAAUGGCAGUGGAGCAAAAGGCACAGCCUGCCUCCAACACAAUAACCAGUGGCCAUUCACCGAGUCCUGAGCCCAUAGUUGAACUGGCUCCUGAUGAAGAGGAAGAAGUAAACAGACUUUCCGAGUCUGUGCAGGUUACAACUACAACAACAGUGACUGUUGUUGAAAGUGUCCAGGGAUCUUUGACUCUUGAUGAUUUUGAAUUUAUAAGUGUGCUGGGGCGAGGACACUUUGGAAAGGUCAUUUUGAGUAAGCACAAAGUAUCAAGCCAAUACUUUGCCAUUAAAGCUCUGAAAAAGGGCGACAUUGUGGCUCGAGACGAGCUCGAAAGCCUUAUGGCAGAGAAACGAAUUUUUGAGGUGGCAAACUCUGUUCAGCACCCAUUCCUCGUCAACUUAUUCGCCUGCUUCCAGACUGUGAAUCAUGUGUGCUUUGUGAUGGAGUAUGCCUGUGGCGGGGACCUGAUGAUGCACAUCCAUAAUGACAUUUUCCCAGAGCCUCGAGCUGCCUUUUAUGCUGCCUGUGUCGUUCUGGGGCUUCAAUUUCUUCAUGAAAAUCGCAUCAUCUACAGGGAUCUCAAGCUGGACAACUUAUUGCUUGAUGCUGAGGGUUAUGUGAAGAUAGCAGAUUUUGGCCUGUGCAAAGAAGGCAUGGGCUAUGGAGAUCGAACGGGCACUUUCUGUGGCACACCCGAGUUCUUGGCACCUGAGGUGUUGACAGAAACUUCAUACACUCGAGCUGUUGACUGGUGGGGCCUUGGUGUCCUAGUCUUUGAAAUGCUGGUGGGCGAGAGUCCUUUUCCUGGUGAUGAUGAAGAAGAAGUGUUUGAUAGCAUUGUGCACGAUGAAGUUCGAUAUCCACGCUUCCUCUCUAUAGAGGCUGUUGCCAUUAUGCGGAGACUGUUGAGGAAAAACCCGGAGAGGCGCCUUGGCACAAGCGAGAAAGAUGCAGAGGACGUCAAGAAGCAGGCUUUUUUCAGAAACAUUAACUGGGAACAUCUGCUUAUGAAGAAGCUGAAACCCCCGUUUGUGCCUACUGUGAAAAGCCCAGAGGACGUCAGUAACUUUGAUGAAGAGUUCACGUGUGAGCAGGCAGUCCUGACGGCACCCAAGGAUCCCCGCCCUCUCACUCAAGAGGAGCAAGCACAUUUCAAGGAUUUUACUUACACCAGUGGCUGGUGCUAAAGAGCUCUUCACGCCUCUACCUGAAAGUCUUUCCCUUGUCUUGCCGUACCUUCCUGUCAUCAGGCAAACUCUAGAAGCAUGUGGUGCUUCUGUACACAAGCAAAUAGCACUGAGCAUUUUUGGGAGAAAAAGAAAAGUGUGCCUAAUGUGAAGAACUGCAGAGAUAGCUUUGGGGAGACUGCUAAAAACUGACAACUGUAGCGUUUGGGAACUGGUCGGUUGUGUGUGGCAUUAUUGCUUUGCAUUUUGUGAGCGCGUGCUGCCUGCCAGUGUGCUUUAACGCCAAACUUCAAUGCUGUGCUUGUGCACUAGACAGGUAAAGCGUACAAUAUUCUCCCCGAGCGUCCUGCAGGCAAAAUGUGUGGCAUUUCGCUUUUUUUUUUUUUUCUGCGAAGUAGGGCAGCUUACUGACAAACGUGUUGUGGAUAUCUGCAGGAAAAUAAAGCUAGUGACUUCCUUCACUGCUUCCUGAUGGUUUGAAGAGCCUGUGUAAAGGCGUGACUUGCUAAGCAGUAGUGCGAAUGAGUGCUCUUGUGACCCUUUCCUUCAUAGAAACUACAACUUGUAGAAAGGUGUUCCUGGUCAUGUUGCUUAAGAGUUUUGGCUUGCACAAUUGCACUUACCGGUGUGUUGCAAGUCUUGUGACAGUACUUGGCCCUACUUUGAUAUUUGUCGCACCUUCAUGAUCUCGUGUGUCAUGCCUGAUGUGGCUGUGUCCUUCAUUUUGUGUGUAAUAACUGUAGCUAUUGCAUUACUGUUCUUGUUUUUAAUGUUUGUCACUGCUGCCUGUUGCACUUCAGGUCACACACAUACAUACGCACAAACUGAAUGUAUAUCCAUAGAAGUGCCAUAAGCACUUCCUUGCUGCUUACACAGAAAUUUCACACAGCCCUCUAGAGCUGUUGAAUGCAAGGUUCUAAUGGUGUAGUAGUCACAUUGCAAGAUUUGUGCUUGAAAUUAAACUAUUUGAAAUUUCUCUGUGUUAGCUGGCUAUGCAUACCGCUGCCUGAAUAUGCAGUUUCAACUUUUCAUCUUCAAGCAUUUUUUGCUAGAGCUGCUUGUAUAACCAGCUGACCUUCUAUACAUUUAGUCUCUGCUAUACCAGGCUUCACAGCCUGUUGCAUUAAUAUGGUAGUGGGUUUUUUCAUGUAGAAUUCACUGCAUGUGAAGUCGUUUCACUCAUUGAAAUUCUUGAAUUUAUUGAGAAGUGUGAACUUUGCUAAUGCAGUGGCAACACUGGUAGAAUCUCACAAGUUAAUCGCUUCUUGUGCGCUAUCAAAUUUAUAUAGUAUACUCCCAUACAGGAGUGUAUGGGUGUUGGAAGAUGUGCAGCAAUGCAAUUUUUGUGCCUUUUCUUUUCUUUGCACAUUGAGUACAAACUGGUAGCCUGUUCAGAUAGGACAAGUGAACCCCCCCUGUUUGCUCAUUGCAUUGAAACAAAUUGAAGGGGCCAGGCUUGCAAGCAUAGCCAACACCUUUGAUGUGUGCCUUUUUUAAAGUGCUUUGGAAACAAACGUGCUCAAGCAGUUAGGGGAGGAGAGCUGGGAGGAUGAUGUUCGGGGGUAUUUUGUGCAAAUAGAGCAUUUAAGAAGCCUGUUACUUGAGCCUAUGUAACAGGCCUUAACUUAUGCUACUGUACUGUCAGUAGCCUCGUUCACAGUGGAGGCUUGCUGCUCUUUUGCUGGCUGUUUUGUUUGGUCCUUUAAGAAGGGCACAUGAGCCAAAUUUUGCCAAAGUUUUUAGAAUAUUUAUGUGUGCUGUAGGAAGAUCCAACUAAAAACCUCUUCUCCAUCCACUUUGUGGAGUAAACCUAACUUUUUUAAGAAUGUAUCAACAACACUGUUUACCUACUUGAUUUUUCAAUGCAGGAAAUGUAAGUUAGGCGAUAACCUAGAUGGGAAAAACUGGGCUAGUUCGCAUAUUGUGUUGCAGUGUUGUGUAAUUAUCACAGUUCUUGUGUCGUGAGGCGGCACAAGAACUGUGCUAUGCGUCAUGAGGUGACACUUACUGCCAAAUUUGAGGUUACUAUUACUGGGCUUUAAAUCCAAUUACAUUUUUAAUGUGGUGGCAUGUGAACAAACUGCACUUUUCAGCUAGUAUGGGGCCAGUGAAAAAGGGGUAGGGGAGUGGUAAUUUCAGGUUCUUCAUAGUUCUUAUUGUCAUCAACAGCAGCUGUUUUAUACUUUAUGAAGUGCAAUUAAGAUUGCUGUUGUGAAUUUUGAAGUAUAUUACUAAAUAACUGUACUGUUGCUUUGCUGUCGGCAGCAUUCUAUCAAAGUGCUGUUGGUUGUAACGCUCAUUUGAGACUGCAGUUAUAUAUUUGCCAUCAGUUUGGAAUUAAAUGCUACUAAAUAUGAUAUUUGGUAUGCUCUACAGCACCUUGGAAAGAUUUAGGCUUACAGAGUUUUAGAUUAUGUUCUUGUAUAACUAAAUGCUGCACAUUUAAUUGGUGGCUGAAGUUGGUUGCAACACCCUGUACAUAGUUCUAAGUUUGACGGCUCUAGAAACAUGGGUUGUUGAGGAUUCUUUGUUGAGAGCAUCCCUGCUUCCUGCUCAAACUUAGGCACUGCUUCAAGUCAUUUCUGUAAAACGUGCACCUUAAAUACUCAUGAUGGGCAGCACUGCAGCUAGCUGUUAUAGUUUAUGCACUAUCUUGGUACAGAUGGCACUGUGUGCUGCCUUUCUUCCUUUGUAGCAGUGUUUUUGUCUCAGGAUCAGCAUCUGUUGUUGUUCAUUUUUGGUCAAGGGAAUGAACAUUGCCUUUCUUCUUCACUGUUACUCCAGUAUUUAUGACCAAUGCAUAGUUGCUGUUGCACAAGCCUUACAAAAGCUGCUUCUGCCUUCCUGUUCUUCAUAUUGUGUACUGUCUCUGUUCUGUCUUGCACAUUCACGAGUGUCUUCCUUUAUUGCAAUAAUAUUGUCAGGAAAUAUUCAGUUUGCUUUGUGUAAGCUACCUUGUUUGCACGAUUACUACAUUUGCCAUUUUGUUCACAUAUGCUACCAGAAGCACCCAGGCAGAAAUAAGCCUUUUUUGUAGGCACAAACCACUAAAGGAACAGCAUAAUGUUGCAAGAAAGAUAACUUUUUGGUGUCUUAAAAAAUUUAGGGGAGGGCUCGCCAUAAUUGUAGGCAAAAGCACACCACCUCUGGUGGCUUAUACGAUCAUUGAAAGAGUUGUGAUCAUGCCUCACAGUCUGCAUGUGUGACCUGCCUGCAGAAACAACUAUUCAGGGCACACAUUCCUAACUUCAGUGCUUCAUGGUCUUGUAGGAAUCAAUCUAAAAUGGGUGAUUAUUUACCGUGCUUGGCUACUGCACAAGCUUCAAUACCUGUUCAGUAUUUGCAGGGGUUCCCUUUAAUGCAGCAUCACUGUAGUGUAUAUCUGCCUAGACUGUAGUAGCUACAGUCAUAAUAGGUACUAUCAGCGUCAAAUGAAACUCGAACAGCGGCAAGCCUUGUCGACAGUGUAGUGCGCACCGUACAGUUAUCAACGUUGACAGGCGCGUGCAUACUGUUCGGCAGCUCUGUGCAUAUACGCGUGCCUGUCCGUGGUGAUAGCUGGACGGCACGCACUAUACCAUCGCAAAGGCUUGCCGCUGUUCAGGUGUCAUUUGACGCUGAUAGUACCUGCAGUAACUAAGGCAGACUUUUUGCAAGCGAGUAAAAAUGAAAAGCAAAGUCUACUAUAUCUACUGCCACGUUAUAGUUGUGCAGAUAUGGUGUUUUAGUAUUGCAGUUUCCUUGUUUAAACCAGAGUUUGUUACCAUUUGGAUUGUGAAUGUCAUGCCAGUUCUUUGAGCGUGAGAGAACUUAAAAAAGAAAGGCUUAUCCAUUCAAUGACCAGACUGCUGCCACAGCAUUAAUCAGUUUUUUUCUUUUGUUUGUGUUUGGAUUUAGUUUGCUCAUUUGACUAUGAUUUUCUCAAUGUAAAGUCAACCUUUUUGUGUCUAGUAAUGACUAUUUCUAGUUCAUUUUGGUGUGUUUGACCUUAACAUAGUACACUUUUGAUGUUCAUACAGUGCCCAAAUUUCAGACAGCUGUCUGUUCAAAGAGGGUGCAGCAGCAAAGGCCUUCAGUGUAUUUUAUGUUGCCCAUGUUACUGUGAGGGGAAAAGAUUGUCAAAUUUUUGUAAGCACAUCAUAUUUAUGAAUAUGCAAAAUGCAUAUUAGUACACAUUUUACAAGACAGAGGCUGAGCAUUAGUUUUGCUUUUGUUGCUGCUGUACACAGCUCUUACUUCAGCGGGAAAAUGAACGAAAAUGUGUAUUUCAUUUUGCAUAUAUUGUUGAUACUCUUUUGUAUUCAUUUUGCAAUACAGUUGAAGAAAGCUUUCACAGAUUUCACAUGUUUGUCGCCAAAGAAUAUAACAUAAAUAAGAAGUGCACCAAGCUGCUGUACCCUCACGAGAGGUUCACUCCUUGUUUGUGCACAUGUGCAGGACUUUUUUUGCUGUUUAACAUUCAAUUUCUGUUAAUUGCUAAGAGGCCUAGCAUGUGGCAGAGAGCCGAAUGGCUACCCACAUUGUUCAAUCAAGUCAGAUUUCUGGUGUUUUGGAGAUGCAUAGAACAUGUGAAUUUUGCUCUCAGUUUUGUAUGUGGAGCUUCCUCCCACUUAUUUUUUUUUUGUAUUUUGCAAAGGAGAUAUUGCACACCUUGAGAGAAGGAUUUUCUGGGUGCCAACUGUUUUUACAUAAUAUCAACAGCAUUCAGGUUGGCUAGUUUUUACUGCGCUUUUAGAAAGCUUGUUGCCCUUAUUGAUUGUGUGGAGCCUUGCAAUUUUUUAUAUGAGCCAAGGUUGGUUGUACAGAUGGUUCAAGAACACUGCAAUGUGUGUUAUUCAAGACAAAGUUGCUCUUGACUGUGUUGAUUACUGGUCUUCCGUUUUAUUACAGAAUGGGUAGGUGUACUUGUAUAUAUAUGUUUGAGUGUACUGUUACUAAAUAAAUUAAUUGGAAUGAU